AUGGUAGGGUCUGUUGUGAAAAAGGAAAAAGCAAAUGCAAAGAUCUGGGAGGUAAAUGUCGAGAGGAAGCCAAAUGCGACGGGGAUAUACUUACUCCCUCUGUACCGUGCAAAGAGUGCAAGAAGUGCAAAGCUGUCAAAAAGACCACAGGACCCAACCGCAACCAACCGCAACAAACCUCUCCUGGACCGCAACCGCAACCUCUCCUGGACCGCAACCCGCAAACCUCUCCUGGACCGCAACCGCAAACCCUCUCCUGGACCGCAACCGCAAACCUCUCCUGGACCGCAACCGCAAACCUCUCCUGGACCGCAACCGCAAACCUCUCCUGGACCGCAACCGCAAACCUCUCCUGGACCGCAACCGCAAACCUCUUCUGGACCUCAGCCGCAAACCUCUCCUGGCAAACUCUCCUGGACCGAACCGCAAACCUCUCCUGGACCGCAACCGCAAACCUCUCCUGGACCGCAACCGCAAACCUCUCCUGGACCGCAACCACAAACCACUCCCGGACCGCAACCGCAAACCUCUCCCGGACCGCAGCCGCAAACCUCUUCUGGACCGCAAACGCAAACCACUGCUGGGCCCCAACCUCAGACCACUGCUGGAACACAAACCACAGGACCACAACCACAAACCACACCAUCAAAUCUUGGGCCUACUACAACUCCUAAUCCUACCACAACUCCUAAUCCUAUCACAACUCCUAAUCCUACUACAACUCCUAAUCCUACCACAACUCCUAAUCCUACAAACUCCUAA